AUGGUUUGUUGGGACGAUCGUUUUAAUUUCAAGGGUAAUUUUGACACCAAGUCAGUGAGACCUGGGUCCAAUCCCAAACUUCAGUCAGCGAGCCUUGCGUCCAAUCCCGACCUUCAGUCAGUGAGCCCUGGGUCCAAUCCCGAACUUCAGUCAGUGAGCCCUGGGUCCAAUCCCGGCCUUCAGUCAGUGAGACCUGGGUCCAAUCCCAACCUUCAGUCAGUGAGACCUGGGUCCAAUCCCAACCUUCAAUCAGUGAGCCCUGGGUCCAAUCCCGACCUUCAGUCAGUGAGACCUGGGUCCAAUCCCGGCCUUCAGUCAGUGAGACCUGGGUCCAAUCCCAACCUUCAGUCAGUGAGACCUGUGUGCAAUCCCAACCUUCAGUCAGUGAGACCUGGGUCCAAUCCCGACCUUCAGUCAGUGAGACCUGGGUCCAAUCCCAACCUUCAGUCAGUGAGACCCGUAUCCAAUCCCAACCUUCAGUCAGUGAGACCUGGGUCCAAUCCCGGCCUUCAGUCAGUGAGACCUGGGUCCAAUCCCAAACUUCAGUCAGCGAGCCCUGCGUCCAAUCCCGACCUUCAGUCAGUGAGCCCCGGGUCCAAUCCCAAACUUCAGUCAGUGAGCCCUGGGUCCAAUCCCGGCCUUCAGUCAGUGAGCCCUGGGUCCAAUCCCGGCCUUCAGUCAGUGAGACCUGGGUCCAAUCCCGGCCUUCAGUCAGUGAGCCCCGGGUCCAAUCCCGGCCUUCAGUCAGUGAGACCUGGGUCCAAUCCCGGCCUUCAGUCAGUGAGCCCCGGGUCCAAUCCCAAACUUCAGUCAGUGAGCCCUGGGUCCAAUCCCGGCCUUCAGUCAGUGAGACCUGGGUCCAAUCCCGGCCUUCAGUCAGUGAGACCUGGGUCCAAUCCCAAACUUCAGUCAGCGAGCCCUGCGUCCAAUCCCGACCUUCAGUCAGUGAGCCCCGGGUCCAAUCCCGGCCUUCAGUCAGUGAGACCUGGGUCCAAUCCCAAACUUCAGUCAGCGAGCCCUGCGUCCAAUCCCGACCUUCAGUCAGUGAGCCCCGGGUCCAAUCCCAAACUUCAGUCAGUGAGCCCUGGGUCCAAUCCCGGCCUUCAGUCUGUGAGACCUGGGUCCAAUCCCGGCCUUCAGUCAGUGAGCCCCGGGUCCAAUCCCAAACUUCAGUCAGUGAGCCCUGGGUCCAAUCCCGGCCUUCAGUCAGUGAGCCCUGGGUCCAAUCCCAACCUUCAGUCAGUGAGACCUGGGUCCAAUCCCAACCUUCAGUCAGUGAGACCCGGAUCCAAUCCCAACCUUCAGUCAGUGAGACCUGGGUCCAAUCCCGGCCUUCAGUCAGUGAGACCUGGGUCCAAUCCCAAACUUCAGUCAGCGAGCCCUGCGUCCAAUCCCGACCUUCAGUCAGUGAGCCCCGGGUCCAAUCCCGGCCUUCAGUCAGUGAGCCCUGGGUCCAAUCCCGGCCUUCAGUCAGUGAGCCCUGGGUCCAAUCCCGGCCUUCAGUCAGUGAGACCUGGGUCCAAUCCCGGCCUUCAGUCAGUGAGCCCCGGGUCCAAUCCCAAACUUCAGUCAGUGAGCCCUGGGUCCAAUCCCGGCCUUCAGUCAGUGAGACCUGGGUGCAAUCCCGGCCUUCAGUCAGUGAGACCUGGGUCCAAUCCCAAACUUCAGUCAGCGAGCCCUGCGUCCAAUCCCGACCUUCAGUCAGUGAGACCUGGGUCCAAUCCCGACCUUCAGUCAGUGAGACCUGGGUCCAAUCCCAACCUUCAGUCAGUGAGACCUGGGUCCAAUCCCAAACUUCAGUCAGUGAGACCUGGGUGCAAUCCCGACCUUCAGUCAGUGAGCCCCGGGUCCAAUCCCAACCUUCAGUCAGUGAGACCUGGGUCCAAUCCCAACCUUCAGUCAGUGAGCCCUGGGUCCAAUCCCGGCCUUCAGUCAGUGAGCCCCGGGUCCAAUCCCAAACUUCAGUCAGUGAGACCUGGGUCCAAUCCCGGCCUUCAGUCAGUGAGACCUGGGUCCAAUCCCGGCCUUCAGUCAGUGAGACCUGGGUCCAAUCCCGGCCUUCAGUCAGUGAGCCCUGGGUCCAAUCCCGGCCUUCAGUCAGUGAGCCCCGGGUCCAAUCCCGGCCUUCAGUCAGUGAGACCUGGGUGCAAUCCCGACCUUGAGUCAGUGAGACCUGGGUCCAACCCCACCUUCAGUCAGUGA